GAAAGAAACUGUUACUUAUGCCAUUCUAGGGUGGACCAGAGCUAAGUCCAUAUGAAAACAUACUAGUCUCCACUCCUACUCAACAAACAAUCACUAUGACAUCCAGGACUUCUUGCUAAGAGCUUUUGAUACUCUGCAUAAUGAUCAACUCCCACUCCCGCCCCACAAAUGGAGAGAUAGAUCAUCCCUCUCGGAUCUUGUACAAUUGGUUCAAAACUCUUUAUCUUUAUUUCCUAAUAUUUCUGUUUAUCACAUUUCAAGGAACAAUAUUGUUCGUGUGUAUAAUUAUGCUAGGAAAUCAUUAGACUCAGAUAGAGAAAUCGUUUGGAAUGGUUCUUUUCCAAAUCAGCAUUUGUAAUUGUAACCUUUUCUUAUUGCUCUUUCUUUAUUGGUUACUUUACAUAAAAAAAUAAAUAAAUAAAUAAAUAACGGCGUCGUUUUACGUAGUAGUAGCAGCAGAAACUAUCUGCUUUUUUUUUUUUUGUCUGAGGUCUCAACCUACUUAACCUCGUACUACUAUAACCAAAAGUCACUCAUCUCCAUUAACGACCGGAAAGGAAGAGUAGAAGAGAAAAUUAUCGGAGGGUAUUCUAAUGGAGGGAGUUGGGUCACGAUUGGGCCGAGCAUCCUCCCGUUACGGCCCAGCAGCCACCGUCUUCAACGGCCCAGUUAGGAAGUGGAAGAAGAAAUGGGUCCAUGUUUCCUCCUCCUCUUCUUCUUCAACCCUCAACGCCUACAACCACAACCCUCAAUCACAAUCCAACGGCACCCCAACCCCCCGCCUCCUCCUCUGCCGAUGGACUCCCGCCACCGCUACUUCAGCCGCCGCUUCCGACGGCUCCGGCGGAACGCAGUUGGAAGAGCCACCGAGGAGGAAGUUCCGGUAUACUCCUAUUGCUGUGCUGGAGGAACAGAAGAGGAUUGCUGAGAAAAAGGUGGAAGAUGAAGAGAAAACAAAUGAGAUGGUGGACCAAUUGACAACUGGGCCAACAACCAUGAGUGACGAGAAGCAUGAAAAGCCAAACAUUGAUGAUGUUUUGAAGGAAGAAAACAAUGUAACAGAGAUGAAUGGAGUGCAGGAUUCAGACCUGAGCAUUUUGGAUUUGGGAUUGGGCUUGAACAGCCCCAAUGACAACUUGGAUGACAUUGAGACCAAGGAGUCUCAGACUGAGAAAACGAGCUCUAGCACGCUUCUGUCAAUGGAUGAGGCAGCGUAGAGCAUCUCUUUCACUGAAGUUGCUUCAUUUGGUAAUAGGAAGUUGGCCUUAAUCUCACUCAAGCCAACUGCAUAUCAUAAAUCUAGUGUGAUAAUCCUCGUAUUGUGAUUAAGCUGUAGGCGUAGUUUCUAGCUUUUCAUUGUACAUUGAUGUUAGUUAGUAGUACAUAAUGAAAGGCACUUAAUAAUUAAAAACUCAAUUCUCUGUAAAUACCUUGGAGUCUGUUUAACUCCUGUAAUUUCGGAAGUAGUACAGUAAAUCCUGUUUAUGUUUAUCUUCAACGCAGUCUAAGUUCUAGUUUCUAGACUCGACACUAGCAGUGUGAAGGAAUGAUCAUCAAAACUGUAUCUGACAAAAAUAAAUGGCAACUACUUUCCUCUGCUCAA